CUCCUUCAAGGUGGUGCUGCUCGGGGAGGGCUGCGUGGGCAAAACCUCGCUGGUGCUGCGCUACUGCGAGAACAAGUUCAACGAUAAGCACAUCACCACCCUGCAGGCAUCUUUUCUUACGAAGAAACUAAAUAUUGGUGGAAAAAGAGUAAACCUUGCAAUAUGGGAUACAGCUGGGCAAGAAAGAUUUCAUGCAUUGGGGCCUAUCUACUACAGGGACUCUAAUGGCGCUAUUCUAGUAUAUGAUAUAACAGAUGAAGACUCUUUUCAAAAGGUAAAAAACUGGGUUAAGGAAUUAAGAAAAAUGUUGGGAAAUGAAAUCUGUUUAUGUAUAGUAGGUAACAAAAUAGACUUGGAAAAAGAGAGACAUGUUUCAGUGCAAGAAGCAGAAAUGUAUGCUGAAUCUGUUGGAGCAAAACAUUAUCAUACGUCAGCUAAGCAGAACAAAGGAAUUGAAGAACUGUUUCUUGACCUUUGCAAAAGAAUGAUAGAAACUGCUCAAGUGGAUGAAAGAGCAAGAGGCAAUGGCUCCAGUCAGUCAGGAACAGCAAGGCGAGGUGUACAGAUCAUUGAUGAUGAGCCACAAGUACAGAGCAGCGGAGGGUGCUGUUCUUCUGGAUAAUUAUAAAACUGUGCAUCACUGCCCUCUCAAUAUGAAGACUGCCAUAUUCCAAGUCACACAUUCUUUACCAAUGGAGUAAUAGAAUUAACAGUAUUUAAAAAUAAUCACAUGUAACACUGCAGAGACCUUAAGUGCUAAACUAGUGGCGUCUGUGACCAGAGAAUUGGCAUUUUCUACAGUGGUUAACAAAGCAAUUACCAAUGGCCUUUUUACAUAUUUUUCUUUAAUGAGGAAUAAUAUGCAUGUAGAAAAGACCUACUUAAAGGCUUCAUUUAUAUUCUUUUAAAUCAGAUCAUUAUUUAAUAACUUAUAUACAUUGUUGUUGGAAUGGUAUACGUUUUUGCAGCUCUUUGUACUUUGUGGUAGAUGGAAUUGUAUCACUUCUAAAAUGCAAAUUGAUUUUUUUUUAAAUUAGCAGAUAUCUGAAUUAAUAUUUUUGCAGGGCCUCUACAAGCCUAUAACUCAACUACUUUGAUAUAUUCUGUUCAUCUGUAUGCCAAGCUGAUAAAAUACAUUGUAAAUUACAUAUUAAAUAUUUUAUCUGCUUUUACAGUUGCAGGUGCAGAAAUAUGUACAUCAGUCUUGUCUGUGAUCGUGAAGUGAAUAAGUCAGUGAAAGAUGCAAGCUUUUCAUGUGCACUGUUAAAUUGCUCAUUCUAUUCCCCUACCUGAAAACAGCUUUGUUUUGGGUACAUCCAUAGCUACAGCAAUUCUUUAAUCCGUUUCUGGCAAGCAGCAGUAUUUAGAGCAUCCCCUUACUGGAAGAGAAUGCUUUUGUAAACUGCUGUUUAUCAUUGAGGUGUUUGACUUGCAGCUAAAACAGUUGGUGCAUGCACAUACCUUGCCUCUGCAGUUACUCUGUUCUCUCAGAAGAUCCCCAGAAAGUCAAAGCAACCUUAGCCCUCAUCUGUCUGGUAGCCAGUAAACCAGAUGCAUGGGAAACUCUUUAGCUGCUCUAAUACAUUUGUUUCCAAAGACAGCAUUAUAAACUAUUCAUGAGCAUAUUUUUCUUCCCUGUAGGGCUUGAGUGAACAAUUAAUUGACAUUAACUAGAACUUCUAAUUUGGAGUGAUGAAAUUGAAGAUGUGAAACUUGCCAGAUGUAGCUGUAACUAAGGGGAUUCUAGGCAGAAUUGAACUUAUUCCUAACUUGCUCUUUCUCUUGUAAAGUGUUUUGAAAAAGCCCAUUUAAGUUUCAGGAGGAGGGUUUUCAAAAAAAAAAAAGUGUGAACUACUGUCACAAAAAAACCACAAGUGGUGGUAGCUGAAAUUUCGAAAUGUUUUGUGCUCUGACUUUUUUUACUUAAGUUGUCAUGCUUGGAAAAACAGUAAAGGUGAUGUCUAUGACAAAGUAGAAUAUCCUUGGCCUUCCUUUUUCUGAAAGGUAGAUUUAGUAUUGCAUAUGAAUGCACUGAAUCGUGUGGGUAUGUUCUGAUAGACAAAAAAGUAGUAGUAAUGAAUUAGUCUGUGUAAGAAGUGUGCUGUCUUCAAUCUGAUUUUUGUUUUCUCUGAAAUACUAGAGGGCUUUGAUACAGACUGAUCCUGGUGCAUUUUCUCCUUUCCUGCCUUAACUGUAGUGUAGAUACUUUUUCUUAGACCACCAUUGCUGUGUUCUUCUGACAUGUUUGUGUGCAUGAUGGAGAAAGGUGGUCUGUUCCUGGUAGUGAAGAUCAAGUUUCUUGGCUGUGCAGAGCUUUGGUGUGAACCUAGAAUCUGUGAUUAUAUGUGUCAACAUGUAGCAACACUGUUACCUUGCACAUAUCUAACAACAGUGAGCUCUGACAAAGUUGAAAACCAGAUCAGUUUGGUCUAACGCUGGUAUCUGACAAUCAGCCUUGUGAUACAAUAUAUGAAGAGUGAAAUUGUGAAGUCUUGAUGUUCAAAAACGGCAUUGCCUCCGAAUAGGAGUUUCAGUUUUUUUAUUCAAAUUUAAUUUUUUCCAUCUCUGCAAAUAAAACCCUGAACAGCCCAACUUCAACUAGACAUAGUUGAAGCAGUGUGUAGAAUGUAUCUUUCUGCCUGCAGUAAGGAGUUUCUUAGUGUGUUGUGUGGUAGGGGCAUCCCAUGUGACUUUGUCAAUUACAAAACUAACGAAGGCAUGUUGAUACUAGCUCUUAAGUCUCUUAUGGAAUUAAAGCUAUUACUACUGAAAACUUAGGUGGGGAUAAAGAAGUCUACAAUUUUGUAAUACCAAAAAGGUUCUGGUUCCUAUUAGUGAAAUAUUUUUAAAAUUCAAGUUACUUUUCUUACUUAAGCUACAACAUAAAUAUUCACUGGAAACCUUCCUGUCUAAGCUGUGAUUUGGUUGGACUUGAUUUAUGAAACUUAAAACCUGUGUUUGCAGGGUAGCAUUGUAUAACUGGAUGAAAGUAUAGCUUUGUGAAGUCAGGGAAGCUGGUUGAAGACUAGACAGAAGUUGAAAACAUGAAUUGUUUGGGCUAAUUUACAUAGGACUUCAACUAUUCAUUGUUAGCAGACAAAAUACAACAGUUGCAGGAGAAAGCAUCUUUGUCAAAGAUACCAAGAGUGUUCUUUGCACUUGAUAUACAGAAAAGCACAAAUAGCUUGGUUUGCUAUAUUUGAGCAGAAUCUUACUCAAGUAACCUGGUAACUAGUAUGUGAGUUGUUUUUCAAGAGUCUUGAAUCUUGCAUUUGAUCUAGAUUGCCUGGUUUGUACGUCUGAAGGAGAACUGUUUUCUUGUUGCUGAUUUCUGUGGCUGUAAACAAGUAAGCUUAUUUUCAUUCUUCUGAGAAGUGAAAGAGAAGAGGCUGCCUGUCUUUGGGAAGUACCUCUGUUGUGGGGCAGGUAGCCAGACACCCACUAUAGCAUGUGUAAAUCAACACUGAGCACACUUCCUCAGGGUGUAUCUUGACAGAGAUUACUCACAUACAUACUAAAAUAAAAUGUAACUUUGUACAAUACCUUUCUAAAACAAAUUUUAAGUGCUUGCUCACAGUCUUGAUGCUGCUACUAUGAGUACAUGAGCUGCCUAUGAAACUUUAUCCCUUGCUGGAAUAAAAUCCAACAAGCCAAAGUCCAACAGCUUUAAUGCAGCAGUAUGUCUCUCUGCUGGUUGUUAUUUAUGGACACUGUAUACUGCACUUAGACUUUACUUCAGAAGCUAUAAAAGAUGGGAUAGACUGAUACAGACAAGGACACACAAAUUCAGAUGUAUCAUAUUUGGACAUGACUGUAACUAGCUGCAAAGACUGGGAGAGCUGGCUUCUUCUGGCUAGCAGUGGUCUUGCAUGUGAUUUCAGAAUGGAGGUAUCCAAUGGCCAGAUUAACUGUAUGAGAUGGUCUUUUGAAGCAGUCAAGUAAUUGAGUGUUGCCUUGAUUAUAUUGCAUGCUUUCCUUCAGUGUUCACACAUUUUGUGGACAGGUGUUUUUGCAUUCUACCACAUAGAAAACUGCCUGCAGUUCUUAAAGAACUUAGUGAUGAAAUUUCUACUUUAGUUUCCAAACAAGAUGAAAAAGACUUUGCGAAAAGGUAUGAAUUAUGGAAAGUGGUUAGAUCUCAAAUGGAGUUCUCAAAAAUGUUGGAUGCUGUCAAAAUGCAAAAUGUAAAAAUGAAGGUCAGGAAUCUCCAUAAGCUGAAAGCAGUUAAGUGAUAUGAAUAGUAGAGUAUGGGAAUAAGAGUUGGAGCCAGCCACAUCCCAUUUUUCUGCUUUUAGUGGAAUGAAAAGGAGAAGUAGGAAAAAAAAGGAAUGUUGGAAAAACUGAGGUUGGUGGUGGUAGGCUGCUGAGUAAGAUGACGAGUUAACCUUUGAGUUGCUAGAGAGUCUCAGGAAUGGCAAUAUCGGACUCAGGAUUUCUGAUAGCACUUCUUGGGUUGUUCCUACUUCUGUGAAAUACUCUUCUUCCUUCAUUGAAGAGAAUGCAACUAACUUUGAGCAGGCUUUCAGGCACAAUACUAACCUGCUUAAAAUAUUUUUAAUUAGAAUAUGCUAAUUUAUUAACUAUUUACAUUUCACUGACUUUGUUAAUCUUAGUCUGCAUCGAAUCCUAGGAGUUUUUCUUGAGAAGUUGGGAAGUACAUCAUGCCAUGAGGAUAACUUUCACUGCAGUUAUGUCAAGGAGUUGCAGAUGAUGACCAAGACCCUUUGCACUACUUGCUGUGCAAGCUCAACAAGGUCCCCAAACUAACUCACUAGCUCUUAACAGUGCUGGGCACUUGCUUCUGCUAUUCUUUGGAGGAUUCUGCUCAACACCGGGUUUUUCCUUCCAUACAGGCAAGCCUGUGCAACUUAAUGAUGUAGCUGUCUAAUAAAUUUAGGCUUUUUCUAUCAAAUAACAAUGUAUACUCUUUGCUCCUGCAUUUUUUGGGGCUGUCAUUGGCCCCUGUAUUGAGCAGAAUGAGAUGGAGAUGAUUUUGAGAGUUGUGGAGAAUAGGGAAUGUUUCUUGUCUUGAGAUGGCUUGGAAAGUGAGAGUCCGUGAAAAAUUCAACAUUAUGACAAAGUAUUAUUCUGCCCAAGAUAACAGAAAAUAGUUUGGCUCAGAUAAAUUUUUGCUGUAAUAUGUUCAAAAGGAUAAUUUGCUCUACUUCUAAAGUGAAAACUUAUUUCAAGCUGAUCUCUCUAGUCUUAACUUUUUUUUUAGGUUUACUUAACUUGGCCAAAGCCUUAAAUUGAGUGCCAUUUAUACAGCCGUAAACUAAACUUUGAUUGUUGGGAAGAACAGCAUACUUGUUCAUAUUCCACUGGCCAGUUUAGAUCUAAGAUUGUGUUUAUUCAAUACCAGGAUGUUAAAAGAUAUACUGAAAAAUAGUUUUAAUCUAUUUCCACUGCUUUGUGCAUUCAGGCAAGUAACAUGGAUGUGAUGCAGCUGCAGGGUCACUGUGAAAAGGGGACUUCUCUUUCUUUUCCUGCUUCUUGGCUGCAUUGAUCUGUGUUGCUAAAUUCCUCCUACAGGAAACAGUGCUCUGCAAGAAAGGAAGUGCACGUUUGCUCCUUGCUUCUCUAGCUCCUGUAGACAGUGAUAGGCACUAUAGAAGUUAUAUCCAGUUCCUCUCAGCUUAAUAACCCUUUUUUUCCUCAAGUGGAGCUUUUCUUUCAUCUUGACAAAUAAUUCUUUUUGUGUAUCUAGUCUCAUGAUCCCUUCAAAGGAUUUUAAUACUUUAUUGUCAUUUACCUGAAAGAUGUUUAAUUUGAAAGCAUGACAAGGAAGGAUAAUGAGUAGCAAUUUUGCAGCAGUCUUCCCUAACAAUUGGCCAUAUCCCAUCUCCAAAACAAUGAAGAGAGAAGAUUCAAGUUUAAUGGUGAGUCCUUGCUAGCUCUGUAUCUGACUUCUGAUUCUUGGAUAUUAGAAGUGACUUAUAAGAAAUCUCAGUUGAGAGGGUUUGAGAGAGCAACUACUUCCUCAUCAGAUGCAAAUUAUUGAUACCCUGUGACAGAUCCAAACUCAUGGGGUUUUUUAACUGUUAAAACUGUUAAAUUGCAGGCCCUUCUUCAAGUUAGGCAUUCUGAAACAUCAACAAAUUUUGGACUUGCAGUGGAAGAGAACAAGUAUUUUCUUUUUCAGAACAGGAAACUUUAAACUGACUAAUCAGGCUUGUUUUAGUAAAAAGAGAAAAACCAUUUGAUACCUAAAUCUUUAAGUGCCGUCAGUGCUAUUUGAUCAUACAGGCAUUAUAAUCAUUGUCUUACAAGGUUUUUCUCAUCAGAUAAGCUCAUUAAGCUUAUCAGUCAUACUCAAAUAAAAAGAAAACAUUAGCAGGGCAAAUCCAAUGCUGAAAAGGAUGCAGCAUUUUUAAAGUUGAGUAACUUAACAUUGACAAAUGUUAUAAGAAUAAUCUAUUUGGUGUUUGUGGAUAAAAGAAAUUUUGUAAAAACAUACUAAAAAUAUCCUGCAGGGGCUUCACGAAUGUUAACUUUCCCAGUGCAUUUCUGCAGCUGGAGUUCUUAAAUACAUCUUGAUAUAUUUAUAUACCAAUGCAUUUAGAGGAAGAUAGUCCUGUGAUAAAUUAAUGCCAAAUGGUCAAUUAACUAUUAAAACAAGGAUUCUUUUGUCAUGACUGCUGCUUGAUCAAUGCUCAUAUUAAAAGUGACAAUGCAUGGAAAUGGAUCAGUAGGGGGAAAAAAGUGUACUGAAAAUCAAUGCAGAAAGAAAAUAUUGUCAUUUCUUACAUUUACAGAAUGUUACAGAAUUUGAAACUUGAUGACAGUGUAUAAUAAAGUGGCACUGAAAGUUAUUGGAAAUUGGGGGCAGUGACUGAGACCAGAGGUUUUUUUUUAUGUUACACAUAUAAUAUUUCUGAACUCACCUGAGUCAAAAGAUGGCUUUAAGAUAUCAAACCAGGCUCACUGAGGUUACUGUAAAUUAUCCUAGCAUAUACCCCAGAGACUGUAGUGUGAGCAUAUCCCAGUAAAAUAAAGCUUUGACUCUCAACACUGGUUUUGGCAUCUCAGAACAGAGGAAGGAGCAGUUGCUGUUGAGCUACAUUUAUGUUUAAUAGUAGCCUCAGGGAUGCUGCCUCUGUGCAGCAAAACAAAGUCAAACAUGGAACCAAGGCUAGGGUGGGGAUUUUCCACCAGCUGUAACGUGCUGCUUCCUGUCUCCACCAUGAGUGCUCGUUCAUGCUUCCCUAGUGAAAACUGCUGGCUGGCUGAUGCUGUGGAUUUGAACUGGGUGGACAUUGUGAGUGAGAACAGCAAGCAGCAGGAAAAGCACAGCAAGAUGACAGCAACUGGCAUGUUUCUGCUUUAGCUGUUCUUAGCCCUUUCACUUGCAGUUCUAAGAAGUCAGUAAUUCUAUCUUCUUGUCACAGAAUCACUGAAUGGGUCAGGUUGGAAGGGACCACAGUGGGGCAUCUGGUCCAGCCUCCCUGCUCAAGCAGGAUCAUCCUAGAGUACAUUACAGGGAAUUGUCCAGGCAGUUCUUUAGUAUCUCCAGUAAGGGAGUCUCCACAACCUCUCUCAAAAAAGGUGCAUUUUCUAGUAAGUGGGAGUUUUUUUGUUGUAGUUUAAGAAAGUAAAAUCCAGAGUUUUUUAGAGUAAAUGUAGUUCCUUCACAAUUUGCUUUUCAAAAUAUGUCAGCAUUUCUCUAAAGGGGCUAUGUUAAGUGGUGAAGAGCAAGUGUACUACUUGUAGUUACACUCUGCAAUCAGAGUCCUAAGGUGAAUAUUUCAAAUAGCAAGAGGCAGCACAGUAUCUGAUAUACCUCGGAAGUCCAUCUACUCUCCCGCUGUUUUGUGAUGUAGAGUAAUUGCAAAACAAUCCUCAGCUGUAAGCUGUGUCCAUCCCGAAGUUGGAUUGGGGCUUAAAAUGGCUCCAAUCAAUGGCCUGCAAGGAAUCCUUUCAGCAUGUGAAUACUGCGGUGUUUAGCACUAUGUGCACCUUUUCUUUUUCAGAUACUUAGGGAUUUCAGCCUGUAUGGGAAAUCAAGUGAUCUCUGAAGAUGACAAUGGUAGCGAAUUAAGAUCAAGAAGUAAACAUUGACUGCCCUUACACUAAAGCAAUUGUUCUCUUACUUCUCUGCUCUUUCCAGGAAAUGUUGUUUGUUGCUAUUAUGAUGUAUAUGUAGAAGUGAUAGGGUUACAACAAUUUGUCUGCCGUGCUGCAUUCCUAGCUCUGGCAAUACUGGUGUGCCAAUGGCAAACAACAGAUCAGUUUCUGUUUAGUCAUCGCUGUCGGAUAGCUUCCAGCUACCCUCUAUGGAGGCUGAUGCAAUCAUGAAUUUCUCCUUGCAUGACAAAUGCAGAGCAUUCAUGUUAGUAUCUGCUCUGCUUCUUUUGUAUUUACAAGCCCCACAGUUUUAUACCCCACUGAGAGAAAAAACCUAUUGUAAAGUGAUGGUCGGUUACACCAACCGCAAUGUUUUCUUAUGUGACAACUUCUAUAUGUUUUGGGUUGAUUCAUAUUCUGGAAUUGUAUUGAUACACAGAUAAAAAAUCAAGUUCACAAACACGAGCUCAGUGCUGUGCUUAAGGAUAUUCAAAAUGUGAUGCUGCAAAUGCUUCAAGAAAUCUCAUCACCCAGCAUACAUGCCUUCAUGUCUUGUUACAUUUCCAUGCCUUCACACUGUAAAUACAAAUAAAUGCCACUGGGGUAUGGCAUUUCCUUCCUUUUAAUUUUGGUCUAUGUAUACUUAGUUUGUCUCCAUUCUUGUCUAACCUUGUUGCAGAAGGUAGCUAAGCAUGGAACAGUGCUCUAUCUGCAUGCUCUACUUGUUCAGGUUAGUGGAUUUUUUAUGUUUUCUUUGAGGAACAGGUUAGAAAGGCUAUCCUAUCUUUAUCUCUCAGUUUCUGCUUUGAGGUAGAAACAAUUGGUAAGUAAAGAAGGUCCUAAGUGGUCCCAGAGGCUACAUUUUCUGGCAAAUAAAUUAGGCCAGAGUGCAUAAGGAGCUCUGGCCUUGAGAGCAGAUGGCACAAUGCAGCUUUAAUCCAGGUGCUUUAGUCCUCUUCUGCCCUUUAAAUCAUAUUUACAUGCUGCCAGCUUGCAGUGGCUGUGCUGUCCCCAACCCCAUCUCUAUGUAUUAGCCUGAGAAACCGUAAGUGGUAUGGUCCAUAAUUACAUAAAAGAGCAAACUAUUAAUAAAAUGUAAAGGCUGACUGUACCCCAGGGGCUUUCUUGGUUGACCUGUAUGGAUGUGGGCAGGGACUGAUCUCCCUCCUGCUCUCCUAAUUGUGGAAUAGAAUGGAAGGUAUUUUAAAAAAUCUUUUCCUCUUGCAUGGGGAAAAUAAGAGCAUUUCACAGCUAAAUCCUUGGAUAUUUCAUUUAUUGUCUACAGUACAACUAAUGCUGAGGAAAGGUACCUCUUAAAAUAUGAGGAACUUGAAAAGCCUAGUCUGCAGCUCUCUCCUGGGUGACUUGCUGCAUCCAGAGUCCAGGACAGCACCCCAUUUACUAUCUCAUUGUGGUCUGUGAUAAACUGGAAUAGCCUAGAAAAAUUGUGGGUUGCAUCUGUCCAUGCAAGGCUUGGAAUACAUCCAUUUCCUAUGAGGAGAAAUAAAGAUCAAAGGGAAAGAUA